AUGAUGGAUCUGUUGGACCUUCCGCCGGAGAUCUUCCAGAAGAUCAUCGCCAACCACGUUAAGAGUGUUGGAGUCAGCAAGGCAUGGAGGCGCCGCGAUGUCUGCAAAACAUUCGCCGCCUUCCUCUCUGAAGAGUGCUUUGGCAGACAGCCUAUGACCAAGUACGCGGACCCGGCAGCCAGACGAUUACUCUGCCGGCACGCAGAGCUGUUCUUUUCGUACCGAUGCAGAAGCUUGUACGGAGCUCCGAAACUCCUACCCAGUCUCGUUCGCAACGUCGUUGAAAAAUUCAUGACUACUACAUCACAAACAUCGGAGACUGACCGGGCAGCCUACACGGACCGGGUUUGCCACGCCAUCGUCAAUCACCUUCCUAAGGGCCGGCUGUUCCAACUCGCCACCAAACCCACCCUCCUCAUGUGUGACAAAUUCGCCAGCGAUCCGGUCGAAAUCUUUUGCUUAACGAUCGCCAUCUUGAUGAAAGACAAGGAACUUGUCUCCCACUACCUCUCUCAAGGCGUCUCCGUAUGGAACAGCACCGAAGUCUUUGAUAUGCCUCUCACUGUCGCUGCAAAACUCGGAGCUGUCGACUUCGUGGCUCAGCUCUUGAAGCACGCAAAGAGCAGUCUUACAAAGUCAGCGAAGGCCAAGUCGAUGAUGCAGCUUCGAUACACCCUCGAUAUCACUACCACUUCUGGACACUGGGAUGUUGCCAUUAUCAUUAUAGACUGGUGGUUUCAGCAUCUUCGUAAGCCUGUACCCAAUCAGAUAGCAUCGUGGGUCAUGAGGGCUACUAGUGCUCCUACGACUGAGUUUCUCCACCGCAUAAUGGACCAUAACCAUACCCCCGCAACGAAACGCCAGCUAGUGGAAUGUCUCUACUAUUCUCACAUGAAAACAGAGAAUGAUGCCAUGAGCCGUCUCGCUGGGGCUUUGAUCGAUCGAAAUCUCUUGGAUCCUUCGAAAUUCUAUCUGAAUCGUUCAGCCGCAGUCUCCAGCUCCGGCUCUCUCUUGACCCUAGCAGUUGAGAGAAGCGACAUAAAACUUGCUACAGGGUACCUGAAGCUUGGUCUGAGUCCAAAUGGUCUGCGAAACCCAGAAGGCAACCUCGAGCAUCCUCUGGUCCGAGCCGUGGAGAAGAGCGACGAGGCCAUGGUCAAGUUCCUCCUUGAUCAUGACGCCGAUCCAAAGCCAGCGCAACGUUGGAUUGUCAACGGUCCUGAAAAGCCCGUCACGAGCUUUCUGGAACAAUUACGUCGUGUCAGGCUACGAGGAAAAAGGACCACCGAGAGCAUUGCAGCACUGAUACGCCAGGCCGCCAAAGCCAAAGACCGGAGAAGGAAAUAG